AUGGCAGAGCAAAAUGAAGAUGACUUUAAGCCUCAAGUAAAAUCUGGUUGGGGAAUGAGUGGUCCAUAAGGAGGAGCUGGUACAGGUAAUGCUCAGCCAUCAUCACUAGGAAUGCAAAAGAAAUCCCAAGCAGCUUAGUAUUGGGACAAUAAGACUACAGAGUUAGUUAUUCCAGAAAUGGAGGCAGAUGCUGGAGUGGAUGAAUUCACCUAUCAAGUUGCUGAGCCCCCAAGAGUCGAAUAGACAAUGGCAUCUCUAAGUGUCCUUGAAAAGGAUCUAGCACUGAAUGUACCAUCUCUUACCCCAGAUGGAGUCGACAUCUCACUCUUAACUUCAGUUAUAAGACCAAUCGCAGAUUUAAUUGAAACUGAUAUGCAUUGGGAUUACCUAGGACUAUAAGCAGAAAUAGGUCAAAAUUAUAGAGAAAAAUACUCGGAUGAAGUCGAUGGAUAAGUACUUAUAGAGGGAACAAGAGCAAACAAUAUAUGA